GCAUACCUAAAGCCAUUGUUAAUUAUAUGUAAAGUUCGUGCGUAGUUAAUAUUUCAGCAAUGACAGUGUGGAGAUCAUCUUUGUAUGAUUAAGUGAUGUGUGCAUCCAGAAAUGAGUGUGUUGUAUCGUUUGUUAGGUCGUACAGUCUGCAACCGCCGACAUCAAUGUGUUCAGUGUGUUCGCUGUGUUCAUUCUGAUGGAGAUAAGCUGGAUCACCAACCACCAGCUGGAAUAUAUCGGUCUCCACUGCGGAUUCUGAAAGAGGAAUAUGAUGCUGUUACAAGUGGGAAGGCGCUUCCUGAGGAAUCGAAGGUUCCGCGUGAAGUGGACGUUCUUGUUGUCGGUGGUGGCAUCAUGGGGUCGUCAGUGGCAUUCUGGCUCAAGCAGCGACAUCCUAAAGGAAUCAGUGUUGCUGUAGUGGAAAGAGAUUUUUCUUUCACGAGGGCCUCCAGUAUGUUGUCAGUGGGAGGAAUCAGACAUCAGUUUACACUGCCGGAAAAUAUACGACUGUCGAUGUUCACAGCAGACUUUCUGAGAAACAUCCGAGAACAUCUUAGUGUUCUAGAUGAGGAUCCUCCUGAUGUCCAGUUUAAUCAUCAAGGAUAUCUAUUUCUUGCCAAAGAAGACCGAGCCGAGAGACUGGCCGAGCUUGUGGCCUUGCAAAAAGAGCUGGGGGCUAAAACAGAACUACUGACAACAGCGAAAUUACAGAAGAAGUUUCCUUGGCUGAAUUUAGAUGGCAUUGAGGUUGGAUCAUAUGGGCUCGAAGGUGAAGGCUGGUUCGAUCCAUGGCUCAUGGUUAAAGCUCUCAAACAGAAGAAUCUCAGUCUGGGCGUGAGGUACAUCGAAGGUGAACUCACUUCCUUCGAGUUCAGAGACGAAACGUACGUCAGUGGAGGAUCAACCCAUGUACGCAAGGAACUUGAUAACGCAGUGAUAAAAUGCUCAGACGGUCAGACCUACCAGUCACGGUUUGCUGUCGUUGUUAACUGUGCUGGUGCCUGGGCCGCCGAGGUGGCGAGAAAGGCUAUGAUUGGAACCGGAUCAGCAGAACUGUCAAUCCCACUGCCGGUUGAACCAAGGAAGCGAUAUGUCUAUGUAGUGCAUUGUUCAGAUGGACCAGGGCUGGAUAUGCCGUUAGUUAUUGACCCGACUGGAUGUUACUCGAGACGUGAGGGACUUGGCGGUCACUAUCUCUGUGGGAGAUCUCCCUUGCCUGAAGAGGAGCCUCCAAUAGAUGAUCUUGACGUAGACUAUGAUUUCUUCACCAACAAAGUCUGGCCUCAUCUGGCACACAGAAUACCAAAGUUUGAAAACCUAAAGGUAAAAAGUGCUUGGGCUGGUUACUAUGACUAUAACUUCCUGGACCAGAAUCUGAUAGUGGGAAUUCAUCCAUACCACAGAAACUUUAUCUUCGCCAACGGUCUGAGCGGCCAUGGACUACAGCACUCGAUUGGGGUGGGCCGCGCUGUCAUGGAGUUGAUCGUAGACAGCAAGUUCAGGACAAUCGACCUGUCCAGGUUCUCCUUCGAUCGAGUCAUUCUUGAUGAGCCAUUGUUUGAGGAGUGCAUAGUCUAAAACUGAGGUCCCCACUCUGAAGAACUCAUAAAACAGGAUAGAAUAGAUAGAUUAUAUGUUACAUACAGUCAUAUAGUCAAAGCUGAAAAAUGGUCCAUGGCAUAACUUUCACUGACAACAAUUAUGUUUAUUUCAACACACUGUUACUUAGAGUUGUUUGGUUCAAUCCCUUCCAACACUGAUCUGUAAUCAAGAUGAACAUAUGGUAGUGUUUUAUGAAAAUAAUGCCAUGUGAUAAUUUUUCGUUCUUGAUUCUGGGUUAGUGGGAUAUAUACAUAUUUUAGUAUUCAGGAGGGGGAGGACAUGUGUCAAUAUGUACCCCCUCAAAAUAGACAAAUAAUAAUCUGUAGAUCUGGUAACCUAUAGGUAACACUUUUCAUAUUUUUCAAGUCAUGAAAGUUAUGGCAUGCAUUACUUUAAUGGCAGAUACCAAUUGCAAAAUUUACACGUUUCAAACAUGCGCUAAGGUGCGUAAUCUGGUAAUAGUAAUUAUCAAUCAACCACUGUUCCAGGAGUGCAUGAUUUAUGAUCAGCGUUAAACUAAAGAAACUUUGAAAAACCCUGAAGAAUAUUUUGUUUGCUGUGACAUUUGUAUCAGGGCCCUAACCUAGAUUAACUGGGGUGCAAUAAAAAAAAAAUGAGGGCACUGUUCCAGGCGUGCAUGAUUUGAACUAAAGAAGCUUUAAAAACCCUGAAGAAUAUUUUGUUUGCUGUGACAUUUGUAUCAGGGCCCUAACCUAGAUUAACUGGAGUGCAAUAAAAAUAAAAUGAGGGCACUGUAAUAUAAAGUCUAUUCAAGGUACACAAAAGGGCAUUUCUAAAUUAAAAUGGCACUUUUUUUUCUCUUUUUAUUUUAUUUUGUGGAGGGGGAUGACAGCUGUUAACCUGUCCCCCUCAUUUAUGGUUCUGGCCAUACCAGUAUAAUGAUGGCUGUAAUAUGUCAAAAGGAUAUUUUAUAGUUAAUGUAGUUAACUAGAUAGGUGGAGAUAGUGUUUGCUUGUUUGGGUGUCCUUCUUAGGUAUCACCUGUGGAGAUAGUGUUUGCUUGAUUAGGUGUCCUUACUUGGGUAUCACCUGUGGAGAUAGUGUUUGCUUGCUUGGGUGUCCUCCUUAGGUAUCACCUGUGAAGAUGGUGUUUGCUUGAUGGGUGUCCCUCUUAGGUAUCACCUGUGGAGAUUUGCUUGGGUGUCCUCCUUAGGUAUCACCUGUGGAGAUAGUGUUUGCUUGCUUGGGUGUCCUCCUUAGGUAUCACCUGUGAAGAUGGUGUUUGCUUGAUGGGUGUCCCUCUUAGGUAUCACCUGUGGAGAUUUGCUUGGGUGUCCUCCUUAGGUAUCACCUGUGAAGAUGGUGUUUGCUUGCUUGGUUGUCCUCCUUAGGUAUCACCUGUGGAGAUAGUGUUUGCUUGCUUGGGUGUCCCUCUUAGGUAUCACCUGUGGAGAUAGUGUUUGCUUGCUUGGUUGUCCUCCUUAGGUAUCACCUGUGGAGAUAGUGUUUGCUUGCUUGGGUGUCCCUCUUAGGUAUCACUUGUGGAGAUAGUGUUUGCUUGCUUGGGUGUCCCUCUUAGGUAUCACCUGUGGAGAUAGUGUUUGCUUGAUGGGUGUCUCUCUUAGGUAUCACCUGUGGAGAUAGUGUUUGCUUGCUUGGGUGUCCCUCUUAGGUAUCACCUGUGAAGAUGGUGUUUGCUUGCUUGGUUGUCCUCCUUAGGUAUCACCUGUGGAGAUAGUGUUUGCUUGCUUGGGUGUCCCUCUUAGGUAUCACCUGUGGAGAUAGUGUUUGCUUGAUGGGUGUCUCUCUUAGGUAUCACCUGUGGAGAUAGUGUUUGCUUGAUGGGUGUCUCUCUUAGGUAUCACCUGUGAAGAUGGUGUUUGCUUGAUGGGUGUCUCUCUUAGGUAUCACCUGUGGAGAUAGUAUUUGCUUGCUUGGUUGUCCUCCUUAGGUAUCACCUGUGGAGAUAGUGUUUGCUUGCUUGGGUGUCCCUCUUAGGUAUCACCUGUGGAGAUAGUGUUUGCUUGCUUGGGUGUCCUCCUUAGGUAUCACCUGUGAAGAUGGUGUUUGCUUGAUGGGUGUCUCUCUUAGGUAUCACCUGUGGAGAUAGUGUUUGCUUGCUUGGGUGUCCUCCUUAGGUAUCACCUGUGAAGAUAGUGUUUGCUUGAUGGGUGUCUCUCUUAGGUAUCACCUGUGGAGAUAGUGUUUGCUUGCUUGGGUGUCCUUCUUAGGUAUCACCUGUGGAGAUAGUGUUUGCUUGCUUGGGUGUCCUCCUUAGGUAUCACCUAGGGAGAUAGUGUUUGCUUGCUUGGGUGUCCUUCUUAGGUAUCACCUGUGGAGAUAGUGUUUGCUUGCUUGGGUGUCCUCCUUAGGUAUCACCUGUAGAGAUAGUGUUUGCUGGCUUGGGUGUCCUCCUUAGGUAUCACCUGUAGAGAUAGUGUUUGCUGGCUUGGGUGUCCUUCUUAGGUAUCACCUGUGGAGAUAGUGUUUGCUUGCUUGGGUGUCCUUAGGUAUCACAGAUAUGACUUACCAUGAUGCAUUACUGUGAUGAAUUAUGGAUCAUCUGGUUCCAGUGCAUUCACAAGGAACAGAUAAUUUGUAAAUACUCAUUGUCACAUUUAACUGGUGUUUUUUCAAUAUAAAAAAUGCUCAGCCAUAUGUCACAUAACCCUACGCACAAAAUCAAAGGCAUAUCUGUAUUCUUUUUACAGCCAAAUGUUUACAAUAAAAAAUAAUAUGCCAGUGAUCACAUUAGAAAAUAAUGAUUUUUCUAUAUGAUUAAAGUCACUACUUAUUAAAAUAUGCAAUUUCUUGUUUUAUGAAACAAAAUAGUCUGUACAUUUCUGUAGAUCAUAUGUACAUGUAUGUUUAAUCCAAGUCAUAGAUAGAAAUAUUAAUUUAACUGAAUAAAAGUGAAGUUUCAACCAUAGCAAGCAA